AUGCUCAGGAUCGUCCUGUUGUGUGUCGAUUCUCACAGGCGCUCCGACCAACAACGCCUGGCCCUGCUCGGCACACAAAACGCUCCAUUCGUCAUGGAUCCUCAAAUCAACAAUGGUCCUCAGGGAAUCUACCAGGCCUGGCCCAUCAACAUACCGUCCAGACCAGCCUUCGAACGCUUCGUUGGACGCAUUGUCUUCAACUCCCGCACCAACAACACCAUUGACAUUCGACUACGCGCUUCGGAGUCCCUCCAAGACGACAUCACAUUCAUUCAACAGCUCCUUUUCACUCAGAACGCGCCAAUCGAACUUACGAUCCUUGCUCCAAGAGGACCAUUGGCCUCAGCCUGGAGGACUACCAUAAACGCAAGACUCAACAAUACUCUAGGUGGGAUCGGAUGGGCAUUCACCACGCAGGUCCCAAUCCGCCUUGAAGUGUUGCCUAUGUUAUGGGUCACCGUAUUCGAAUACUUGCUGAGCGCGGUCCAGUUAUUAGCGGCUUUCAUGUUUUUCUUCUUGCUUAGUCUGGGCCUACAGUGGAUGCGGAGGUCCUAG